UAGAGCAAGGAGACUCAGGAAACUCACUCUCCUGGAAACCCACCCAGAACCUCCACCCUCUGACACCAUGGUCAGCUCCUGCUGUGGCUCCGUCUGCUCUGACCAGGGCUGUGGUCAAGGCCUCUGUCAGGAGACCUGCUGCCGCCCCAGCUGCUGCCAGACCACCUGCUGUAGGACCACCUGCUACCGCCCCAGAUGUUGUGAGUCCAUCUGCUGCAGACCCCAGUGCUGCCAGUCUGUGUGCUGCCAGCCCACCUGCUGCCGCCCCAGAUACUGCAUUUCCAGUUGCUGCCGCCCUUUCCACUGUGGUUCCAGGUGUGGUUCCAGCUGCUGCAGGCCCACCUGCUGCAUCUCUAGCUGCUGUCGUCCCAGCUGCUACCAGACCACGUGCUGCCGCCCCAGAUGCUGUGUGUCCAGCUUCUGCCGCCCCAGAUGCUGCCAGACCACCUGCUGCCGUACCACCCGCUGUCGCCCCAUCUGCUGCCGCCCUAUCUGCUGCCGCCCCAUCUGCUGCCGGCCCAUCUGCUGAGGAUCCUCUUUUUGCUGAACUUCAUUCCUCACCACCAGCCCUGAGCCAAUCACCAUCAUCCCAGUGUAUCAGUCUUGUUCUCAUUUCCUUUGUCCAUAGCACCUGGCCUUGUUUUCAUCUGUCACUAUGUUUAUUCAUCCCAUUGGCUAUGCCGCCAAGCAACUGUUUAAGAAGCGACAAUUUAAACUAAAUACCACACAGAACCUCCAAAUUCUGUGCCUAUUACCGUGGCAUUCGGUCAGAUGACCAAACGUCUACCCUAGUUCAUAGGGACAGGCUCCUAAUCCUAUGAUUGCUGCACAUGGCUUGGCCUUCAUGAUGACUUACGUGUGUUAGGAUAAUUAUGUCUCAAUAAAUACUUGGUAUCAG